AGUUUUCAACCCACAUGUUACAUUAAUAAAGUAGCUGUAGCUACUAUAUAUCUGAAUGUACAUAUAACGAUCCAUCUAUACAUUAUACGUCAGCUUGAUCACGAGUUUUUAUCAUGAACAAAGGACAACCAAGAGAGCUCCCAGUUACCGGUUACUCGUACAUCGAUCGUGUCGAAUGACGUUUUAACCAAUAACAUUCAUUAGCCAAGUGGAAAGAUAAUAUUUUAUAUAAGAGAAAUAUCGUAUGACAAUAUAUGGAACAUUAUCGCGCACGCCCAAUGCAUGGGAAUUUCCUCUCUUUCUUCCUUAAAGAAAUAAAGAGAGAAAUAGAGAGAGAGAAAAAGAGAGAGAGAGAAAGAGAGAGAGAGAGAGAGAGAGAGAAGGGGAGAUGGGAAUAACAGAAAACAAAGUUUUACUUGCAUUAAAGAUCGAUUAAGAUUAUCGAAUUCAUUUUGAAUGAAAUUAGGCAUGGAAAAGGAGCUACGAUGAAAUAAAGCGGAUUAAAUAACGAUGGCUAAGAAUGAAAACUUGCAGAAGAAUAUACGCCACGAGAAAGUAGUUUUGGAAAAAAAGGGUGAUCAUGUUGAAAUUUCCGGAAACUAUACCAAACGAGAACUUCGACAACUUUUAUUAUCACCAACUGUUUCUCCCUUACUAUCUGAUGACGAAGAUAGAACGAAACUUGAGAAAACUUUGGAAACUGGUAUCAAAUUGAGCCAAAUUGAUAUCGAGAAGAUAAGAAAAGAUAAAAUUCAUGAUGAGAUCAGAAAAAAAGGUGAAGAAAUUUUGAAGGAUCAUCAAGUAACUAUUGAUCACAAAGAUUAUAAAGAUAUUAUUGGAGAUGUUUUGAAAGAAGAACAAUACAAGGACGAUGAGACGUGGCAACAAAUUUAUAAAGAUACAAGGGCUACUUUGGAUACCGAAGAAAAGAAAAAGGAAGAAAGAAUAUCAAUGGAGAAAUAUUUACGUGAAAAAGGACUCAGUACUAGUCUCAUCAACUCUAUAUUAAAUAAUGGAUUGACUGACGAAUAUAUCAGACUUUUAAAAGCUUUGAAUAUCACCGACGACGAGAUAGAACAUAUAAAAUCGAUUUAUCAAAUGAAAUUGGAUGAUUCGUCAGUGAGUUUAAUUAAAUCCGAUGAAUCUUUUAUCUCUUCGUCUUCUUCAUUAGCUUCGUCCGACUAUUACUUGUCACCCGACAGUCUUUAUUUAAAAACUUUAUUAAGCAAAGCUUUAACUCGAGCACUUCCUGAAAUUGCCUCGAAAAAACCUUACGAUCCGAUCGAAUAUCUUGGACAUUGGUUGCUUCAUUUAAAGAUUUCCGAAGAACAAAGAAAUAAGAAACGUGAAUUCGAAAUAGAAUUAAUGAUGGAAAGAGAAAAAUAUAAGAUGAUGAUUGUAGAGGAUCAAGAAACUGUGAGUAUCGAAAGCAGAGGAGAAGAAGAAUUUAUCGAAGAUGCUAACUUUAUAAAUUAUAUAAAUAAUUAAUAUCAAUCGUU